ACGAAUGUUGAAUCAACAAUUUCCAUGAGAAGUGAAUGAGAUAAAGGAUUACUUAAAUACUCCAAAAUCAAGAAAGUAAACAGUCUAAGAAAUUAACAAAAUUAAACAAUCAGCAAGGCGCAACGCUCUGGAAAACAAUUGUGAAAAAUAUUCAAAACAAGAGCAAAAAAAUUAAAACGGCAAAAUUUAUGAAAAAAAAAAUUAUAAUAUUGAAUAUUGUUUAUAAAUAUUAGAAAAAAAAGAAGUCGCAAUUGAUUGAGAAGAAUCUGUAAAAAAAGAGGAAGAAAAAAUCAAUAACAAUAAAAUAUAAGUGUCGUCUUGUCAUUAUAUUAUUAUCUAUCAGAGUUUUGCCGUUGUGACGACAAACAGCCGAGCGACAUGAGUGACCGUGAAUUGAGUUGCAGUAAUUCAGGCGUUGGACAAUUCAUGGAUCGUGGACGCAUGAAUCAGAAUGGCGUCGUUCAGCCAUUGCUAACAGAUUUAUAUCAAAUCACUAUGGCCUAUGCGUAUUGGAAAUCCGGCAAAACAGAUGAUCAUGCAGUGUUUGAUUUAUUUUUUCGCACAAAUCCAUUCCAUGGUGAAUUUACCAUAUUUGCAGGUUUAGACGAAUGUCUAAAAUUCCUCGACAGUUUUCACUACAGUGAAAGUGAUAUUGAAUAUUUAAGACAAACAUUACCUGAGGGCACAGAAAAUGAAUUCUUCGACUAUUUGGGUAAUUUAACCGCCAAAGAUGUUACCCUAUACGCCAUCGAUGAGGGGACCGUGGCAUUUCCACGAGUGCCCAUAAUAAAAGUCGAAGGUCCUUUGAUCAUAGUACAAAUAUUGGAAACAACGCUAUUGACGCUCGUGAACUAUGCAAGUUUAAUGGCAACAAAUGCGGCACGUUAUCGCAUGGUUGCCGGCAAACAUGUGAAACUAUUGGAAUUCGGUUUAAGGCGAGCUCAAGGUCCUGACGGUGGUCUUUCCGCCUCCAAAUAUUCCUAUAUAGGUGGUUUUGAUGGUACCUCCAAUGUAUUGGCCGGCAAACUUUUCAAUAUACCCGUCAAAGGAACACAUGCUCAUGCCUACAUUACAUCAUUCUCGGGGAUAGGAGAAUUGAAAACGCGGCUUUUGAAACAUAAAACUACGGGCAUCACCGGGGAUCUUUUGGAUCUUGCGGUUAAAUAUCGGCAAUCCCUUUCGCAGGUUUUGGAUGUCUCCAUGGAAGAAUCAUCAGAAGGUGAACUGGCUGCCAUGGUCUCCUAUGCCAUUGCAUUCCCCGAUGGCUUUAUGGCUCUAGUCGAUACGUACGAUGUUAAGAGCAUAAAAGCAAAAAAGAAUGCCAAAGAUUUUGAUAGGAAUUUGAAAAAUUCCACUGCCAUUCGUUCGUUAAAAUCAUCCAAAAUUGUUGAUGUUAAAAAUUAUAAAAAUAUGCCACAAAAACAACAAAAUGUUGGCAAAAAAUUCUACGGAACAACUUCAUGGUCACCGCCAACGCCGCCCAUGACGCCGCUCAUGAAUGGAUCUUCACCCUCACAAUCGUAUGACGAAGAAGAGGCGGAAAUGCAGAAAUCAGCUUCUGCUGCUAAUGCUGCCACCACAUCUGUGACCGAUAUGAAUGGCUUACAUUCGACAAAGUCCUCGAAUCUUAAGAAUAAUUUUCACAUUUCCAAAGAGAACAUUUCAAAAUUCUCAUCUAGAACAUCAUCACAAGAAACGUUACCACCUCCCACACUGCCAAAGUCACAGCCAAUUGCGUCAUAUCAGCCAAAAUAUGCCGUGAAGUCAUUCAGGAGUGGCCUGCUUAAUUUCUGUUCGGUGGCCUUGGCUCUUAACGAUUUGGGCUACCAUGCGGUUGGUAUUCGUAUUGAUUCCGGUGAUUUAGCCUAUCUGUCUUGUUUGGCUCGAGAGACAUUUGAAAGAGUGGCGGAAAGCUUUAAGGUCUCAUGGUUUAAUAAACUCACCAUAGUGGCAUCGAAUGACAUUAAUGAGGAUACCAUAUUGAGUUUGAAUGAGCAGGGGCAUAAGAUUGAUUGCUUUGGCAUUGGUACACAUUUAGUUACAUGUCAGCGCCAACCUGCCUUAGGCUGUGUUUACAAGUUGGUCGAAAUCAAUGGCCAACCCAGAAUAAAAUUAAGUCAGGAUGUGGAAAAAGUAACAAUGCCUGGACAUAAGAAUGCUUUCAGAUUAUAUAGUGCCGAUGGUCAUGCCUUGAUUGAUCUUUUGCAAAAAGUCACCGAACCCCCUCCGGCUGUGGGGCAAAAAGUCCUGUGUCGCCAUCCUUUCCAAGAAUCCAAACGUGCUUAUGUCAUUCCAACACAUGUGGAGUCGUUGUAUAAAAUCUAUUGGCAAAAUGGCAAGAUUUGCCAACAGCUGCCCAGAUUAGAACAAGUGCGAGAGCGUGUACAAAUGUCCUUGAAAACAUUGAGAAAUGAUCACAAACGUACACUGAAUCCUACACCCUAUAAGGUGGCUGUCAGUGAUAACCUGUACAACUUUAUUCAUGAUUUAUGGCUACAGAAUGCUCCAAUUGGGGAACUUUCAUGAUCUAUAUAAGGCGUAUUUGGCUGCGACAAUACCGAAAGAUUUCUUUGCAUACACCGAAAAUUACUACAACACAAAGGCCACCCAUUCCAAAGUGGAAACACACACACAAACAUCCUGUACAGUUAUUGAGAAGGAAGAAAGAAGGUCAUUUUGUUGCAUGAUGGUGGCGUUAUUGUUGUUAAUUUUUGUAUAACUAUUUUUUUUUAAUUAUUUAAAAAUUUGAUAAAAUGAUUUGGGCAAUAUUUACAAUUACGAAAUAUAGAAAAAAACAAAAAUUAUAAAUAAGUACCAAUUGUAACAAACACUAAAGCAAAUCUAUGCGUAUGUAUUUGUAUAUGUACGAGUACACAACUAAACUAAAGCAGCAAAAGGAAAUGGAGCUGGAUAAUUAUAUUACAUAAAAAUAUAUUACAAAGAAAGAAAAAACUGCUACCCUACAUCAUCAC